AUGCAGCUGCGCAAGGUGUGCUGCCACCCGUUCCUGGUGGAGGGCGUGGAGGAGCAGCACGGAGGGGGCGACACGCCCGCAGAAGCCAGCCGGCGCAUGGUGGCAGCGUCUGACAAGCUGGCCCUGUUGGAGCGAAUGCUGGAGCGGCUGAAGGCGGGGGGCCACCGCGUGCUGGUGUACUCACAGUUCAAGCGCAUGCUGGACCUGCUGCAGGAGUGGCUCAUGCGCAAGGGCUGGGGGUGCGAGCGCAUAGACGGCAGCAUCAGCGGAUCAGACCGGCAGCAGCGCAUCGAUCGCUUUAAUGCACCGGGGUCGACCCGCUUUGUGUUUCUGCUCUCCACUCGUGCUGGGGGACUGGGGAUCAACCUCGCUACUGCGGACACCGUGAUUAUAUACGACAGUGAUUGGAACCCGCAUGCGGACCUGCAGGCCAUGGCUCGAGCACACAGGCUGGGGCAGACCCAAACGGUGAUGAUCUACCGGCUGGUGACGCGGGCGACUGUGGAGGAGCGCAUGGUGCAGAUGAGCAAGAAGAAGAGGGUACUGGAGCACGUGGUGGUGGGGAAGCUGAAACAGUCUAAUCUAAACCAGGAGGAGUUGGACGACAUUCUGCGAUUCGGAGCUAAGGAGCUAUUUGAAGAGGAGGAGGAGGAGGAGGAGGAGGAGAAAGAGGUGAAAGGAGGGGAGGAAGGGGAGGAGGGGAAAGAGGCAAAGGAGGGAGAGGGGAAGAAAGAGGAUGAAGGAGGUGAGGAGGUGGUGGGAGACAAGGCUGGAGAAGGCAGUAAGGAUGCUGACAAGGAUGCUGACAAGGACGUUGAGAAAGGAGCAGCUGGGGAUGAGAAAGCUAAGGAGAAAAAGAAGCAGAAGGAGAGCCGGCGGAUCUACUACGAUGACGCUGCUAUCGAGAGGCUGUUGGAUCGCAGCACAGUGGGUGAAGAGCAGGCGGAGGAUGAACCAGACAACGACUACCUCAAGGCCUUCAAGGUCGCCAAUUUCAGCUUCGUAUCAGAAGCAGAUCAAGCGGAGGUGGACGCAGAGAAGGAGAGAGAGCUGGAGCGAGAAAGGCAGAGAGAACAGGAGCUAGCAGAGGAAGGGAAGCGCCUAGACGCAGCAGGGAGAGCCGCGUACUGGGAGUCACUCCUGAAAGACCGAUACGAGGCAGAACAGAUAGAGACGUUUCUGGAGCUGGGUAAAGGGAGGAGAGCGAGACGACAGGUGGAUUAUGCGGUUGAUGAGGGGGAGGAAGAGGGGGAGAAGGUGGGGGGGCGGAAGGGGGAGAGAGGGGGGAAGGGGGAGAGAGGGGAGGGGGAGGGGGAUGAGGCGUAUGACGAGGACGGGGAGGAGGAUGACGGGGAGGAUGGGGAGAGUGAUGUGGAACUUGAAGAGGAGAGUACGGGGAGGGGGAGGAAGAGGAAGAUUAGGUACGGAAAAGCGACGGCCGCUACCUCUCCUGGUGCUCCAGCUGGUGCUGUGGGAGGGAUGGGAGGAGCGGGGGGUGCGGGGGAAGUGAGGAAGAAAGUGUGGCCGCUGAUGGAGGGGGCAUGGCCGUACACCAAGGUGUUGGGGUUCACUUCCAAGCAGCGCAUGACCUUCCAGCAACUUAUCAUGCGGUUUGGGAUCGGCGAUUUCAGCUGGAAGGAGUUUGUGCCUCGACUCAAGCCACGCGCCCUGCAGGAGAUCAAAGACUACGGCGCUCUUUAUCUGAAGCACAUCCAGGAAGAUCCAACCAACAAAGACACAUUCUCAGAUGGAGUUCCCAAGGAGGGCGUGAACUCCCAGGAGGUGCUAAUCCGUCUGGCCCUGCUGCAUCUCAUUCGCACCAAGGUGGCCGCUGCUGAGAGGACCCGGGAGAAGCUGCAGGAGAGGGCGAGGACAAGGAGGCUGGCCAAGUGUGGAAAUACUGCAGCGGGAAGGGGUGUGGAAGUGAGGGGUGCAGAAGCGAGUGGUGCGGAGCGUAGGGGUGCAGAGGCAGCAGCAGGAGGCGCAGCAACAAAAGAGGCAGCAGCAGCGGCGGCGGCGGCGGCAGCAUCUUCUGGGAAAGAAGAGGCUGUUAGGAAGGCGGGAGAGGAAGUGUGCAGAGGCGCGGUGGGAGAAGGAAAGGGGGAUGGACCUUCAGAAAUGGAGGGCGUGACUUUGGCUGGUGAGGAAGGGGGUGAGAAGGGAGAGGGAAAACGUGGAGGGGUGGUGGGGGACGGGAAGGGGGAUGGACCUUCAGAAAUGAGGGGCGUGGAGGGAGAUGGGGAGGGGCAUGAGAAGCAGGAGGAGGGAAACAGUGAGCCGGGUGCGAAGGGUGAAGGAGAUAAUGGAGAGGGAGAGAUGGGAGAGGGAGAAGGUGGAAAGCAUGAGGGUGACAAGAAGGAGGGUGACAAGAAGGAGGGUGACAAGAAGGAGGGUGAAAAGAAGGAGGGUGAAAAGGAGCGAGAAAAGGAGGGUGAAAAGGAGGGUGAAAAGAAGCAGGGUGACAAGAAGGCGGGUGACAAGGAGGGUGACAAGAAGGAGGGUGACGAGAAGGAGGGUGACAAGAAGGAGGGUGACGAGAAGGAGGGUGACAAGAAGGAGGGUGACGAGAAGGAGGGUGACAAGAAGGAGGGUGAAAAGGAAGAGGGGGAGGAAGAGGAGGAGGAAGCGGUGGAGCUGGGUUGGGAGGAGUUGCUGCCAGGGCUGCCAGCGCACCUGAGGGGCCACAGCCAGUUGGCACCGCUGUUCCGCACUCGACACUGGCGGGCAGAGCACGACCUGCUGCUGCUCAAGGGAAUUACCAAGCACGGCUACGGGCGGUGGAGUGACAUCAUCAAUGACGAUAAGUUGGGCCUUGCUGACGUGGCGCGUGCUGAGCUGUCGCUGCCGCCCGCCCCGCCCCGCAACAUGAUUGGCCUUACCCUCGAGGACAUCCCGGCGGAUCCACCUACCCCAGUUGCCACCUCGCAUGGCCAGCCCACCAAUCCUAGUGAUGCACCUACCAGACCUAGUGCGGUGACCACCAAUCCUGUUGCUUCGGCCACCGGUCCUGCUGAUACACCCACCAAACCUGAUGGUGUGACAGCCAGUCCUGGGGGAGUGGUUGGUGGUGGGGAGGUUGCAAUGGGUGACGUGGCAGGUUCUAGGGAGGAGGGGAGGGCAGAGGGGAAGGCGGCAGCAGUGCAAGAAGGUGACGAGGGUGAUCGUAUGAUUGCGGCUGGAUUAGCAGCACCUCAGAACCGCACUGAAUCUCCUUUCAAGGAGCCGCAAGAGGAGGCGUAUUGUGACCCGUAUGUAGCUCUCAUACGCCGGCUUAAUGCCGAGGCUGAGGCAGCGGCAGGGGAGAAUGCAUCCUCUGAUUCUGACGUUGAGGCAACAACAGGGGAGAAUGCGUCUGCUGCUGAUCCCGAGGUCAAGACUGUAGCGGCUGGGGGGAAAGAGAAUGCUUGUGCUGAUUCAGAGGUUGUGGCUGUAGCAGGAGGGGAGGGCGAGAGCGUUCCUGCGAAUAUUGCAGAUGAGGCUGUAGCGACGAAAGGGAACGAGAAUGCAUUUGUCACGUGCUCGCAUGGACCAGCUGUAGCAGCAACUGUUGCAGCAGCAGCAGCGAGUGAGACAGCAGAUGUGAGCGAUGCUAGGGCUGCUGCUUCUGCUAAGCUCAAAGCAAGACCGUCUGCAGCAGCCGAGUGUGAGAUGCCAGGCUCAUCUGGUCCUGCCAGGGCGUCUGAUGCAGGCGGGGCAGCUGUUGCAGCAUUAGAUUGCAGAGAAGAAUCCAAAUCUGUUGCCAGCACUGCUGCUCCUGCUGCUCCUCCUGCUCCUGCUUCCCCCACUCCUCCUGCUCCACCUGCUGGGUCUCGUACUGAUUUCGGUGGUUCUUCGGAGCAAGUCAGGCAGGGCCAGAAGGAGCCAACCACGCAAGGUCAGAAGGAGCUGGGCACGCAGGGCCAGUUGGGCGGUGAUGUGGGUGGAGGAGGCAGCCCUUUGGGGAGCAAACAAGAUCGCGCUCCCGAAGGAAAAGAAGCACUUGAAGAGGAGCAGCAGAGUAGGCUCCCAACAGAGAAGGGGCGAGGAGAGGGGGCUGAUGCAGAGCAGGUGAAGGAAACACAGAGUAAGGCGGAGUCCAGAGGGGGAAGGGAUGCAAAGCAGAGACAGGAGGGUGAGGAGUCCUCAGAAAGUGACGAGAUGGUGGUAGAAGUGCCUGUGUCACCUGGGAGAGCAGAGAGAGGGGAGUCUCCUCGAGUGCGUGCAGCAGAGAAUGACAACAUGGGUGUUGAGUCGUCUGAGAGACCGCCUGGAAUGCCUGGGGCAGAGCAGGGCAGCGCAGGUGUGCAAGGGACCGGCGCCCCUCACGUGCACGCUGGGGUAAAAAACGUGGCAGGCAGCAAAUCAGGUGCUGCUUUAGGGGUUGAUGAAAUUCAUACCGUUGUGAAAGGGGAUUGUGGGAAGAGUGCGGAUGGGACGCGGGCUGCAGAGGAGAAUGGUGAGCAGAGCGGCUCCAGUGAGAAACGUUCGGCUGGCGCAGGCGAAGAGGAGACUCAAGCACAGGGCUCUCUGGAUGGAAGGUCUUUACAGCAGCAGCAGCAGCAGCAGCAGGUGUUACAAGGGGAAGAUACACUUGAGUCGAACCCCCUUCUUUUCAAAGCAAACCCUCCAGUGAUGUCGUGUGACCCAUCCACAGGCUCACUUUAG